AUGCCUCACACUCGGAAUAGGAACCCUAGUCCCAUCCCUGAGGUUACAUGGGACACAGGACUGAGGGAAAUGAACGAAACAUGGAAGGGAGCGAUCGCCUGCCUCGGCGUGGCUGUCUUCUUCGUUAUGACCAUAGGGAUCAUUUAUUGGCAAGUCGUGGAUCAACCCAAUAAGAACUGGAUCCUAAAAGGGAGUUUCAGCGGACUGAUCUGGGAGAGAAGAACCCAUUCUCUUAUCAUACAGACGCUAACAGAAGACAAGACCUUCGUGGAGAUAGAAGUGGGGAACGUUGGGAACCCCGAAGCGGACGUGCCUUUCGUCAGAAACCUAUGCUGGCUUAACCAAACCGAAUUCUGUUAUACGUGGGAAUCGGUUGCAGAUGUCAAGAUAUCUUUGGAGUCGGAUGACACAUCGCAGAUCGAGUGCUACAGCAUUACCUGGACACCACUUAAUUGUCAUAUGGACUUAAAGGACUGCAUCUCAAUGGCCAAUGUCUCCUGGUAUGGUGGGGCAAGCAUUCAUGCCCAGAAGUGGCCGAUGAACAACAUGACCGUUCAGAUGCAGCCCUACCUCGUGAGCGACCAGAGAGACAACCCCUCAGGGUAUGGAUCAGUUUUAGAGCGCUACUUCCUUGGGUCAACAGGCGUAGCUGUGCUGGUAAACCCCGAGGUGCCCCUGCAGGUUGGCAUUGAAAGCAUGCAGCAGUUUUGCCUCCGGAUGCCGCCUAGCCUGGAGCGUCUGCCCCUUAAGUACACAGUGUGUGUGGGACCCAACGUCAAGGCCGUGCACCAGAAAGUGUGGCCUCCACCCCCUGCCCAUAAACCAGUGCUGCCAAACCUGGAUAUUUUAUGGUCGCCCUUCUGGAACCUGCUUGUUAACGUGGAUUCAGGUGUGAAGGUGGAGAGGGAGCUGAGGACCUUCUCCAACCGGCUAAAGCGGCACCACCUGGGGCCGGGAAUCAUCAACCUCAACGAACAUUCCACCUCCCUCCUCUCCGACAUGAUGGACCAUGAAUAUCUCAGCAGUAGGAAGACAGCAUCAACAAGACAGACCAGGGAUCUCCCACUUGUGAAGCUUCUAAACAUUUCCAUCACGGUGUCCCCUUUCCUGGGCGUGGACAGCAAGCAGUUCCAGAUGUCUCUGGAGGAUGGCACUGAGGCCUACUGGCUAAGUCUCCCCACCACACCCAAAGGAUACUUGGUUCCCUUGUUGACACAGUGGAAAGGGAAGUUCUGCGUGAAGCUCAACAUUACCAACCCAGCAGCGGUCAGCUGGUUCAUGGACCGAGUGGGCAGCCUGCAGGCCCACCUGGGAAUGGAGUACGUGAUCUUGGAGGGCGGGGAGAGGAACCCUUUUGAGGCAUUGGCCCUACACCCACCGAGAGCUCUAGCCGGUGACGAGUAUAUCGGGCUGUUUGCGGGAAUGGCAGCGAGGCUGGGAAACUCUGCUAUUGUGACCUCAGGAACAAGGUCUGGCCACAUGCCACUGUUCAUUUGGAUGGCACCAUUACAGGACAACUGGAGUUACUCAGGGCUGAAAGGGAUUAUUCCAUCCGUCCUACACUACAGUCUUCUGGGUUACAACUUCUUCAUUCCUGAUGCAGUAGGCGGUUCGCUGUCAAACGAGGUUGUCACUGAUGAGGAGCUUUAUAUUCGCUGGCUAGAGAUCGUCGCUUUUCUCCCCGUCAUCUCCUUCCAGACACCCCCAUGGGCGUGUGCUGACAACAGGGUCCUGAACCUCACCCGAUUCUACAUAUCCAAGCACCAGGACUUUGUAGUUCCCCUCAUACAGCGGUAUGCAGAAGAAUGGAAGGCAACUAGGAGCCCGAUAUACCGGCCUCUCUGGUGGAUCAGCCCUGACGACCUCAACACGUUCACUAUCGAUGAUGAGUUUCUGAUCGGAGAUGAAGUCCUUGUAGCACCAGUCACAGAGAAGGGUGCGACACAGCGAGAUAUUUACUUACCUGGAAACGACCUUCAGUGGCAGGACCUAAGCAACGAUCAAGUUUUUGAUGGAGGGACGUCCUUGAAAGAUUACCCAGUUGGCCUUGAACAAGUAGCUGUUUUCUCAUGCAGGAGUUCUUGA